AUGUCACCAAGACAGCCGUUGUUCCCGUCACCGAGACCUUUACUUACCCCGUCACCGUCACCACCGAUGUCUAUGGCAGUCCCCACUACUAAGACUGUUACUCUGACCCAGCAGCCUUCCGGCAGCGUUGUCACUGAGACCAUUAGCAACAGCAAUGUCUACUACACCACCACUGUCUACGGAAACGACAGUGUCACCGUCCCUACCUCUGUGGCCAGCCCUUCUGCUGUCACCGACUCCUUCGUUUACAAGGGUACCGUCUACACUACCGUCUUCUACGGCAAUGACACCACUGUUGCUACUGUCCCUACCACCGUCAGCCAGCCUGCUUCUGCCGGCACUGACGGCGUCUCUUCCAACGUCCUCGUCUACACUUCCACUUUCUACGGAAACAACACCACUGUAGUUGUUCCUACCACUGUCUCUGAGCCUACUCCUGCUCGCUCGAGCGAGACUCCCGCCGAGAAGGGCUCCGUUUCCGUCUACACUACGACCAUCUAUGGCAGCGACAGCACAGUCGUCGUCCCCACUACCGAGACCGGCUCUGCUCCUGCUAGCUCUGGUGCCGUUCCCUCUGGCAGCGUUGUCUACUCCUCUGUCCCUGGCAACAGCAACGUUCCCGUUGCCUCCUCCAGCGUGACCAACUCUGCACCCGUCGUCACCAAGGUCGUUGUCUCCUCUAGCGAUGUCGUUUACACGACUACCCUCACCGGCGGCGACAACACCGUCGUGGUUCCUUCUGGCUUGACCAGCUCCGCUUCGAGUGUCGAUUCUGAGGCUACUCCUUCCGGUAGCAUUGUCUACAAGACUAUCUACGGCCCCAACAGCACCGUUGUCGUUCCCAGCAGCGUGACCAGAUCUGCCUCCGGCAGCUCUGAGGCAGUCCCUUCCAACACCGUGGUCUACAAGACCAUUUACGGUAACAACAGCACUGUUGUUGCUUCCACCACUAUUGGCAACUCUGUUCCCGUCUCUAGCACCGGCUCCGUUUCUGAGUCUGCUCCCGUGAACACUGUUGUCUACAAGACCAUCUACGGCCCCAACAGCACUGUUGUCGCCUCCACUGUUGUCGGCAGCCCUGUUCCCUCCAGCACCGGCUCCGUUUCUGAGUCUGCUCCCGUGAACACCGUUGUUUACAAGACUAUCUAUGGUCCCAACAGCACUGUUGUUGCUUCCACUACCCUCGGUAACACUCCCGCUUCUAGCACUGGUUCUGUUUCUGAGUCUGCUCCCGUCAACACUGUUGUCUACAAGACCAUCUAUGGCCCCAACAGCACCGUCGUUGCUUCCACCACUAUUGGCAACUCUGUUCCCGCUUCUAGCACCGGCUCUGUUUCCGAGUCUGCUCCCGUGAACACCGUUGUUUACAAGACUAUCUAUGGUCCCAACAGCACUGUUGUUGCUUCCACUACCCUCGGUAACACUCCUGCCUCCAGCACUGGUUCCGUUUCCGAGUCUACCCCUGCCAACAUUGUUGUCUACAAGACUAUCUACGGUCCCAACAGCACUGUUGUCGCCUCCACUGUUGUCGGCAGCCCUGUUCCCUCCAGCACCGGCUCUGUUUCUGAGUCUGCUCCCGUGAACACUGUUGUUUACAAGACCAUCUACGGCCCCAACAGCACUGUUGUUGCUUCUACUACUCUUGGUAACACCGCCGUUCCUUCCAACAGCGUCGUUUACAAGACCAUUUACGGUGACAACAGCACUGUCGUUGCUUCCACCACUGUUGGCAAGCCUUCCACUGGUGCCUACAGCGACGCCAGCUCUGUCUCUACUUCUGUCCCUGCUGUUACCGAGACUCUUACCACUGGUAGCGUUGGAUUCACCACUACCGUUCCCAUUCCCGGUUUGAUCAACUCUACUCUUGUUCAAAUCGUCAUUCCCACCAACCUUCACAAUAUCAACACGACCACUUCCGGUGACUUCGUUCACUCGACUGCGGUUCUUAGCAGCAGUGCUUCUGCCUCUGUUCCCACUCCCGCUGUUGUCACCGAGACUAUUACCUCUGGUUCUGUUGGUUUCACUACUACUCUUCCCGUCAACGGCAGCACCACUACUGUCGAGGUCUUCGUUCCCACCGGUAACGUUGUUACUGAGACCAUCACCUCCGGUACUGUUGCUUCCACGACUACUCUCCCUGUCGAGGGUACCGUUACCACCGUUGAGGUUUACAUCCCCGGUACCGUUGUAACCAUCACUGAGACCGUUACUAUUGGCUCUGUCCAAUAUACCACUACUCUCCCCGUCAGCGGCAGCACCGAAAAGGUUCACGUCGUUGUUCCCACUCCCGCUGUUGUGACUGAGACUAUCACUUCCGGUUCUGUUGGUUUCACUACUACUCUCCCUGUCAACGGCAGCACCGCUACUGUUGAGGUUUUCGUUCCUACCGGUGACAUUAUUACCGAGACUAUCACUUCCGGCUCUGUCGGUUACACUACUACUCUUCCCGUCACUGACAGCGUUACCACCGUUGAGGUCUUCGUUCCUGGUAUCAUCAAGACCGUUACUGAGACUGUUACCACCGGUUCCGUUGGUUUCACCUCUACUCUCCCCCUCAACGGUAGCACUGCCACUGUUGAGGUCGGUGUCCCUACUUCCCCCGCUGCCACUACCGAGACUUUCACUUCUGGUUCUGUUAGCUUCACUACUACUCUCCCAGUUAGCGACGGUACCACCACCGUUGAGGUCUUCGUUCCUACUUUCCCUGCCACUACCGAGACUUUCACCUCCGGUACGACUGCCUUCACUACCACUCUCCCUGUGACCGAUGGCACUACUACCGUCGAGGUUUUCGUUCCCGAGACUCUUACCACAGUGACUGAGACCAAGACCUCCGGAUAUGUCGGUUACACUACUACUCUUCCCGUUAACGGAAGCACCAUCACCGUUGAUGUUAUUGUUCCUUCGAACCCUGGAAUGACUACCGAGACUCUUACCUCUGGUAGCAUUUCUUCCACCACUACAAUUGAUGCUAGCGGUUCUGUUCCUGGCACCGUGGUUGUUCUCGUUCCUACUCCUGCUCAUCCCACUAUCACCGUUACUGACUACUCUGCCAGUGUCGGUACUACUGAGACUAUUCCCGGAUCUGCUACUGACACUGUUAAGAUCAGCGUUCCCACUGCAGUUUGCUCUGGUGUCCGUGGUCUUCAAUACGCUGUCUACAACUACACUCUUCCCUCUAAGAAGAAGUUCUGUGACCAAACCGUUACUGAUGUUUCUGCCUUCGACAGACCCGCUUUCUUCGGUUCUUCUGAUCUCGAUCAAAGCGAGCCUAUGUACAGUGGUGUCUUCAGCGUCGACCAAUCCGUUCCUCAAUGGGCUUCUUCUUACAACCUUCCUUCCUAUCCUCCUGAUGGUUCCAUGGGAACCAUUAAGAGUACUUGCAAGGCUCUUAUCUACCAAUUCUUCUUCAGAGUUCCCAAGGAUGACAAGUAUUCUUUCUUCGUUGAGAACGUCGAUGAUGUCUUCUAUGGUUGGUUCGGCGACAAGGCCAUCAGCGGCUGGUCGAACUCUAACUACGAUGCUUAUGCCAAGUGGAGUAAGACUACCUUCGAAACUGGUAUGGGCGAGUGGGACCUUGGUGAGUUGAAGGAUGGUGAAUACCUUCCCGUUCGUCUCAUUGUUGCCAACGGUUAUGGUUUGGGUGGUUUCUACUUCUACUUCGUCGACGGCGAAGGAAACAAGCUUGAUACUUCCGCCUAUGCCUACACUAAGACUUGCAACAAGUCCUUCUAUCCCUUCGGUCAAGAGAACGGUGGUAUUGACAACUACUAGUUUCAUUAAUGAGUUUUUCACAGUUUUCCAAGGAUGGGUAUAAUA